AUGUCAAACAUGCAGCGAGGCCGAGGCGUGAAGCUGUGUACAGCUCUAGGCCUGGCACUCAUGGCGGUGCUUUUGCUGAGUAAUGUGACCGCUGCAAAGACCAGGUGUGACUUUAAUACCCAGCGCGUGCAGUGCGGUGACCUUGCGUGCGACAAGAAGGCACAGAUCUGCAUCGCUUGUCGCACCGAUAGUGACUGCUACCCUGACGCGAUGUCCUGUGACAUGACCUCGGGCAAGUGCAAGGUGCGCGGCUUCACCUCCCUUUUCGGGGCGCGAACCAUCUUUACGAUGCUAGGCACUUUCCUUAUCUGUUCCAUUUCCGUGAUCUCUGGUGUCGGUGGUGGUGGCAUUCUGGUGCCUCUGUUCUGCGGUAUAAUGAAGAUUCCCAUGCAGUUUGCAGUGGGGAUGUCGCAGGCCACCAUUUGCGGACAGAGUACCGUCAGCAUGUACUUGAUCGUGCAGCAGAAGCACCCCGACUCGAGUUGGGAUCGUCCGCUGAUCAACUACCAAUAUCUGAGCCUGAUUCUGCCACUUGGUCUUAUCGGUACCUUAAUUGGCGGGAUUUUGAGCAAGCUCUUCCCUGAUGUGCUGCGCCUCCUUCUUCUCUUUGUGAUACUCUCCACCGCGCUCUACCGCACCUUAGUGAAGGUGGUGAAGCAGUACAAGGAGGAUACGAACGCGUGGCAGGCGACCGUGGAGGCAGAUGGCGCGAAUGCUGCGUCACAACAAGGGAACUAUGGCAACAAUGACGAGAGGCAGGGCUACGAGCUGAUCAAUAGGGCUGUCGAUGCCAAGAGCGAGUCCCUCCAGGGUACUACGGUUUUGGCAACAUCAGCGCACAGCCUUCCCGCUUUUGAGAACCCACCGCAAUCGCAGUACCCGCAGCAGGAACUUGCCAUGAACUUCACUUGUUUCCUAGUGUUGCUACUGUUUAACAUUUUACGGAUGUACUUGGUGUGUGGCGGCCUCUUGUACUGGCUGUGUGUGCUGAUACCCCUAGUCUUUUUGAGCACCGUCUUCUACCUCAACUAUGAGAAGCUGCGCAAACUGGUGGAGUCCGACUCGGCGCAGGUCACGUUCGCCUGGACUCAAAAGAACACAGUUAUGUACCCGAUGGUGGCAGUGAUUGCAGGUGCGUCAGCAGCCAUGCUUGGUAUCGGCGGUGGCCUUGUUCUGGGGUUUGUGCUGAACGAGGUGGGUUUAGUCCCUCAACAAGCGUCGGCGACGGGCGGCAUGGCCACCCUCUUUAUCGCCUUCUCGUCUGUACUGGAGCUCCUCGUCACGGGCCACCUUGUCGUCGACUUUGGCAUCGUCUUUUGCAUUGUUGGGCUGUGCAGUGGCUCCCUAGGGCAGUUUGUGUUUAUGGAGUACAUCAAAGGGCACGGCCUGAACUACCUUAUCAUCGGUUCUCUCGCCUUCGUCCUUGGUGGUUCACUAGUGUCACUUGGUGGCUACGGUAUCUACACAACCGUCAUUUCAGUCCAUGCAGGCCGCUCCUUGAUGGCAUUUGGCCACCUUUGUGCGAGGGCAUAG